CAAUUGCGCAAUGGCCAAUGCCUUUGGUUUCAUUAUCUUUAUAUUUUUUAGCAUCAUCUUCAUCUUCAUCUUCAUCUUCAUCUUCAUCUUCAAGAGCCACCAUGGCUUUGUGCUCCAUCUUCUGCUCUCGUAUCCCUCUUCGAUUCAGACCAAAACCCAUUUCCCCUUUCCUCUCAAAACCUCUGUUUUCUCUUUCUUAUAGGGUUUACUCUUCCCUCCAAUCUACCAAAGAUGAACUUGGAACUGUCAGCAUUGGGUUUCUUGGUAUGGGAAUCAUGGGUUCUCCAAUGGCUCAAAACCUCAUUACAGCUGGGUGUGAUGUGACGGUAUGGAAUCGAACUAAGAGCAAAUGUGAUCCACUCGUUGGAUUAGGAGCAAAGUACAAGUCUACUCCUGAAGAAGUGACUGCAACUUGUGAUCUCACGUUUGCAAUGCUUGCUGAUCCUGAAAGUGCAAUUGAUGUUGCCUGUGGAAAGAAUGGAGCCGUAUUUGGAAUUAGUUCAGGAAAAGGGUAUGUUGAUGUCUCAACCGUUGAUGCUGCCUCAUCGAUGCUAAUCAGCAAGCAAAUAAAAGAUACCGGCGCAUUGUUUUUGGAGGCACCAGUUUCCGGUUCCAAAAAGCCUGCGGAAGAUGGCCAGUUGAUAUUCCUCACUGCAGGUGACAAGCUGCUAUACGAAAAAGCUUCUCCUUUCUUCGACAUCAUGGGAAAGUCAAGAUUCUAUCUGGGUGAAGUUGGUAAUGGAGCAGCAAUGAAACUUGUCGUCAACAUGAUCAUGGGAAGUAUGAUGGCAUCUUUCGCGGAGGGAAUACUUCUAAGCGAGAAAGUUGGACUCGAUCCAAAUGUACUGGUCGAGGUUGUCUCACAGGGAGCUAUCAAUGCGCCAAUGUACUCGCUAAAGGGUCCUUCAAUGAUCAAGUCAGUGUACCCGACAGCUUUUCCAUUAAAGCACCAGCAGAAGGAUAUGAGACUCGCACUUGGACUAGCGGAGUCCGUUUCUCAAUCUACUCCAAUUGCAGCUGCUGCAAACGAGCUUUACAAGGUUGCUAAAUCCUAUGGAUUGAGCGAUGAGGACUUCUCUGCGGUUAUUGAAGCACUAAAAGCUGUAAAAUCUAGAGAAGCUUAGCUAAAAACAUUUGUUAUUUUUUCUUUUCAUCUUUACAAUGACUGUCAAACACAAGUCAACCUUUGAUCUCCUCAUGUUUAUGUUUUUGUUUGUUGAUAAGGCGACAAGAGAAUUGUUUGA